AUGCUGCAUGCUGGAAGCAGCCAUUUUCUCUAUCUGGUAGUCUAUCAUAUCUUCUUUGUAUUGUUCAUGUGGUCAAACUGGAAGACCAUAAUUUCUAAACCCACCAACCCGUCAAAAGAGUUCUCUUAACCAAAAUCAGAAAAAGAGGAGUAUGAAAGAGAAGAAUGACCAGAGACCCAGCAGGAGAUCCUAAAAAAACUGGCCAGACGUUUGACCAUAUACACUGGUACAGGAUCUGGAACUAUCCGUUACUGUGAUCGCUGUCAGGUAAUCAAACCAGACAGGUGCCAUCACCAUCACUGCACUACUUGUGACAAGUGUGUAUUGAAGAUGGAUCAUCAUUGCCCCUGGGUCAAUAACUGUGUGGGCUUCUCAAACCACAAAUUCUUUGUGCUUUUCCUGGCUUACUCCAUGCUGUUCUGCAUUUUCAAUGCAUCAACGGUUCUACAAUAUUUCAUCAAGUUCAGAGAUCUGAACUACUCACGAGCUAAUCUAAAUCAGCUGCCAGACACUCAUGUUGUCAAGUUCCACAUGCUGUUCCUCUUCUUUGUGGCGGCCAUGUUCUCCAUUAGCAUCCUCUCACUGUUGAGCUACCAUAUCUGACUCAUGGCCAAAAACAGGACCACUAUAGGUAACCCAUACAAUUUGAUAUAUAAAAACGGUGCUGAUAAAAAUGGUUUUACUCUGGGCUGCUGCAGUAAUUUUGCCCAGGUUUUUGGAGAACAGAAGAAAUAUUGGUGCUUGCCUAUUUACUCAAGCUUGGGAGAUGGUUAUACGUUUUCUGCACGAUUAGUCAGCACUGAUGUUGAACAGGGCAUUGUACACCACCAGACCAAUGUGAAAUGGUAAUCUCUGAUGCUUAUUUUAUUCAGUGCUUAUUGUAUUAUUGUAACUGUCUUUAUGCAUAUACAGUGACCUGAAAGUAUCAAUUAUCAAGGAGUAUCAAGGUAUGGCAAGUAAAUUCUCGGUUUGUUAUACAUUGAAGACAUUUUGGGUUGAGAUGUAAAGAUAAAUUUGAGACAACAGCUAAGUAUUUAACUUAAGGGGUGAAGAUAUCACAAUCCACCAUUCAAAGAAGACUUGGAGAACAGAAAAUAUAGGCCAUACAAACUACUCAUCAGCAAUAAAUAUUAAAAGGCCAAAAUGGAAUUCACAAAGGAACAUGGAGAUGAGCCAAAAAAAUCUGGAACCUAAGUUAACUCAUACCCAUCUGAUUGAAAGGCCAACAUGUAGAGAAAGUAAGGAUCUGCUCAUGAUCUAAUUAGUACAAGCUCAUUGUUCAAGCACAGUGAAGAGAGUUUCAUGGUAUAACCUUGCAUGGCUGCUUCUGGAAUGAGCUCACUGGUUUUUAUUUAUUUAACUCAUGAUGUACACAACAGAAUGAAUUCAGAAACCUAGAGAAAGAUUCUGUCUGACAAUUUAUAGAGAAUGCAUCCAUAUUUAGAGAAAUUUAAGCAUGCAGCAUGGCAAUGACUCAAAAUUCACUGCCAACACAACAAAUGACUGAAAUAUGC